AUGUGCUUGCAGACCAAGCUUUCUGUUAUCUGGGGGCCGUUGUUUCUUCUGCUCAGCCUUGUUUCUUCUACUGGGACAGAAAAGCCCUUGGCCCUGAGCAGCAGUGGCACUUGGAGUCCAGGUCAACUGACAGAAGUGCUAAGAGUCCUCUCUGCUGGUGAUCAUGCACUGCUGAACCACUCAAGAAGCCUCAUCAAAACAUUGUUGGAGAAAACUGGAUGCCCACGGAGGAUAAGCCGAACACAAGCAGACUGCAAUCUGUGCUUUGAACCAGAUGCUCUGUUACUAAUCGCUGGAGGAGAUUCUGAAGAACAGCUCAGAGAGGAAGUGGUCCAGAGAGUUUCUCUCCUCCUGCUCUAUUACAUUAUUCAUCAGGAACAGAUCUGUUCUUUAAAACUCAACAUGAGUAAUAAAGAGUAUAAAUUUUACCUACACAGUCUCCUCAAUCUCAGGCAGGAUGAAGACUCCUAUUUCCUUUCACAGAAUGAGACAGAAGAUAUUUUGGCUUUCACCAGGCAGUACUUUGACACUUCCAGAAGCCAGUGCAUGGGAACCAAAAUGUUGCAGGAAAAGUCUGGAAUAGUAAGCAGUGAUGGUGCUGAUGAAAAUACACUUCCUCAGCUGGCGGCAACAAUCAUUGCGUUGUCCCUCCAAGGUGUUUGUCUGGGACAAAGAAAGUUUCCUUCCCCAGACUAUUUUACAGACUAUAUUUUCAGUUCCUUGAAUAGUACAAAUACUCUCCACCUAUCAGAACUAGACCUCCUCCUCAACACUCUCUGGACCAAAAGUGCCUGCAUCAGAAAAAAUAAUGUCCAUCAAAUUCAAAGUAAACAAAACAACAAAACCAUCCACGACUGGGUUUACCCUAGUCGGUCUGUAUCCAUGGACCAUGAGUCAGAAGAUGGCUCAGUUUCCUGGGACCAGACUUGUUUCUCUGCUAGGCAGCUGAUGGAGAUAUUUCUACAGAACAGCUUUUCACCCAUUUCUAAGGAAGACUUUAUGCAAAUGAGUCCUGGAAUCAUCCAGCAACUGCUGAGUUGCUCUUGCCAGCUGCCCAAGGACCAACAGGCAAAGCUGCCGCCCACCACUCUAGAGAAAUAUGGCUACAGCACUGUGGCUGUGGUGCUGCUGACACUGGGCUCCAUGCUCGGGACUACACUGAUCCUUUUCCACAGCUGUGAAGAGAACUACAGGCUUAUUUUACAGCUCUUUGUGGGCCUGGCUGUUGGGACUCUUUCUGGGGAUGCUCUCCUCCAUCUUAUCCCCCAGGUUCUUGGUUUACAUAAGCAGGAGUCCUCGGAGUUUCACUAUCAUGAAAGCAAGGGUCAUAUUUGGAAACUUUUGGGAUUAAUUGGAGGCAUCCAUGUAUUUUUCUUGAUAGAAAAAUGUUUUAUUCUUCUUGUAUCUCCAAGUGCCAAGCAGCCACAUUCAUUGGUUAGUGGUCACGUGGGACAUUCCCGACAUCUUAUUCUCAACUCUGAGUUAAGUGACAAAUCAGGCAGAGGUAAAUCUCCUUCAACUAUCCAGUUGAAAGGCCCAGAAGAUUCACAGGCAGCUGAGCAUCCUAUAGGCAGUAUGACGGUGCCUGAAAGAAAAAGCAAAACCAUUAGCUUGUUAGCAAUAAUGGUACUGGUUGGAGACAGCCUACAUAAUUUCGCAGAUGGCUUAGUGAUAGGCACAGCUUUCUCAUCUUCGUCUGAGUCGGGAGUGACCACAACUCUUGCUAUUUUGUGUCAUGAAAUCCCACAUGAAAUGGGAGACUUUGCUGUGCUCUUAAGUUCUGGACUCCCUAUUAAGAUUGCCAUUCUGAUGAAUUUUAUAAGUGCUCUAACUGCCUUCAUUGGCCUGUACAUUGGCCUCUCAGUAUCAACUGAUCCAUGUGUGCAAAACUGGAUCUUAACAGUUACUGCUGGAAUGUUCUUAUAUUUAUCCUUGGUGGAAAUGCUUCCUGAAAUGACUCAUGUUCAAACACAGCGACCCUGGUUGAUGUUUCUCCUACAGAACUUUGGAUUGGUCGUAGGUUGGAUUUCUCUCUUACUCUUGGCUAUAUAUGAGCAAAAUAUUACAAUAUAAAUUGAG